AAGCAACAAACAAAAGCAACGACUUUGUUGAUGUUAGUUAACGGUGUUUGAGUGGCGGGUCCCACAGGCCCCAAAUCCUGUAGAAUACAAACGAAGAAAACGUUCAGUUGAUUAACGGCGUGAAGAUUUGGCGUUAAAGCAUUUGUCUUCAUUGGUUCUAUAAAUGGGCCUUUAUGUUGGAACCUGUUUUCCGAGUCCACUCCACCAUUCUUCUCUUUCCUUUCUUCCUUCUUUCUUUUCUUCUCUCUUCUGCACUUUCUCUUUAUCUUUCUCUUCAACCCUUCUCUUUCUCUCUCACUCUUUAGCUUCAGCAUUGUCUCAUAACACCAUCACUGAGUGAAAGAGAGGAGUGGGUAGUGGAAUUCUUCAAUGGAGGUUUCUUCUGCAAAAUGGGUUCUCAAUGCUUGCUUGUUGCUGCUCUUUGUGCUCCUCAUUGGAGAAGCCAUGGCCACAUCACAGAUCUCUGACCUCAAGGUGAAAGAGGCGGAGGAAUUAAAUGAACGUGCUGCUGUAACUGACCCGGAAGAGGUGGUUUCCAUGGUUCAGAUGGCAAUGAAGAAUAGCACUGAGAGAAGGAAGCUAGGAUUCUUCUCCUGUGGAACUGGUAAUCCAAUCGACGAUUGCUGGCGCUGCGACCCGAAUUGGCAGAAAAACAGGAAGAGACUAGCAGAUUGUGGCAUUGGUUUCGGCCGGAAUGCGAUCGGUGGCCGCGACGGAAAGUUCUAUGUUGUAACUGACCCUAGAGAUGAUGACCCUGUUAACCCAAAGCCAGGGACAUUGCGGCACGCGGUGAUCCAGGACAGGCCACUAUGGAUUGUGUUCAAAAGGGACAUGGUGAUCCAGCUGAAACAGGAGCUGAUUAUGAACAGCUUCAAGACCAUUGAUGGAAGAGGAGCCAAUGUGCACAUUGCCAAUGGAGGUUGCAUAACAAUUCAGUAUGUUACCAAUGUCAUCAUCCAUGGUCUCCAUAUCCAUGACUGCAGGCCUACUGGGAAUGCCAUGGUGAGAAGCUCCCCCACCCAUUUCGGGUGGAGGACUAUGGCUGAUGGGGAUGCCAUCUCCAUUUUUGGAUCAAGCCAUAUUUGGGUUGAUCAUAAUUCAUUGUCACAUUGUGCUGAUGGCCUUGUUGAUGCUGUCAUGGGCUCAACUGCUAUAACUAUUUCUAACAACCAUCUCACCCACCACAAUGAGGUGAUUCUGUUAGGCCACAGUGACUCAUACACAAGAGACAAGCAAAUGCAGGUGACCAUUGCCUAUAACCAUUUUGGAGAAGGACUCAUCCAGAGAAUGCCAAGAUGUAGACAUGGGUAUUUCCAUGUGGUGAACAAUGACUAUACUCAUUGGGAGAUGUAUGCAAUUGGUGGAAGUGCUAACCCCACCAUCAACAGCCAGGGCAAUAGAUACAAUGCUCCAGCUAACCCAUUUGCUAAAGAGGUGACAAAGAGAGUGGAAACAGCUGAAACGCAAUGGAAGGGUUGGAAUUGGAGAUCAGAGGGAGAUUUAUUGCUGAAUGGUGCAUACUUCACUCCAUCAGGUGCUGGAGCUUCAGCAAGCUAUGCAAGAGCCUCAAGCUUAGGUGCCAAAUCAUCUUCCAUGGUUGGUUCCAUGACUUCUAAUGCUGGUGCACUUGGCUGCAAAAGAGGCCGUCGGUGCUAGCACAAAAUAACAAAACACAAACACCCUUUUUUCAUUUUUAUUAUUCAUUUUUGUUACCAAAGAAAAUCUUGACAAGUGUACAUUAAUUACACAUGUCAAUAUGUUAUGGUUUUCACAUUGUGUGUCUAUUGUUGUUGGUCAACCUCAGCUGCUCGACUUGCUCCAGUAAAAGAAAACAACAAUGCAAGGGGUAGGUGCAGAAGCGUGGUCCAUUGUUUCUUUUUCUUUUUAGUCCCUCCUUCCCUUCUUAUUUCAUCCAAAACCCUACCCAACAAAUUCAUAUGCAUAUUUUUCCCAAAUGUCAAGUCAUGUCUCCACCUUACAUACCGUUAAGUCAUUUCAGCUUUACAUAUAGGAUUUAAUUAAGUGAGAUAUAUCAAUAUAUUUUUUUCUUUUAUUUUAAUGUUUUUUUUUCUCUGUUUUAUGGAGUUUUUUUUAUUACACAAGCAAUGCAAAUGUUUGAUUGUCAAAGUUGAGUUAUGGAAAGACUUUUAUUAUUGUUGUUAU